AUGGUCGAGCGAGGCAGGCCGCAGCGGGGCCCUGGCUGGGUCCCCGGGCGCUGCCGGAGGCGAGAGGGGGCUGUGCCGCGUCCGUGCUUGCCCGUGCCUCGAUUCUGGGCCAUCGAAGCUCGGACCGCAGCGCGGCCCCGGCCGCCGCGGGCACAGACGGGCCCGCCCCCCGCUCCCGCCUCCCGGUCCCGCCUCGCACGCGUCUCUCGUCACCCACCCGCGCGAUGGGGACAGCGCGUCCCUCAGGCCGGGCCGUGCCCCGCGCUGAGUGUGGCAGCAGGGGACGCGGGCGGUCUGUGUCACCGCCGCUGCAGGCGGGGCCUCGGCAUCUGCCGUGUCAGGGCUCUGCCAGAACAAUGCCUGAACGGCUGUGGAGCAGCUGAAGAAAGGGGACGCCAGCCCCAGCGCAGAGCCCCCUGGAUCCCCUUGCUUGUCCCCAGCUCCUGCCGACCUUCGGGCAUCCUGCUGCCCGCUGGAUGCGCUUCAUGCCGUCCCAGCGAGCUCUGCUGCAGUUGUCACGGCCUCCGUGUGUCCACAAGCACACGUAUCCUCUACACGCUCCUGCAUGUCCUGGCUUCUGCCGUGUGCUGCCUCAUGCUGUCCCGCACUGUGGCCCAGGCUAUCACCGAGAAGGUGCCCUUCUCAGUAGUGCUGUGCCAACACCUGCCUGGGGGCACAGACUGUGAGCAGCUGGUGGGCUCCUCGGCCGUGUACCGGGUCUGUUUUGGCACUGCCUGCUUCCACCUGGCACAGGCUGCCCUGCUGCUCAACGUGCGCUCCAGCUCUGACUGCCGUGCACAGCUCCACAAUGGGUUCUGGUUCCUGAAGCUGCUGGUGCUGGUGGGCCUCUGGGCCACCAGCUUCUUCAUUCCUGAGGACAACUUCAUCCGGGCCUGGCACUACACAGGUGUCUGUGGGGGCUUCGCCUUCAUCCUCAUCCAGCUGGUGCUGAUCACCGCCUUUGCACACACUUGGAACAAGAACUGGCUGACAGGCGCUGCACAGGACAAGCGCUGGUAUCUGGCCAUGCUGCUGGCCACCGCCACCUUCUACACCCUUGCUUCUGCCGGCUUCUCCUUCCUCUACAAGUUCUACACCCACCCAGCCGCCUGCCACCUCAACAAAGCACUGCUUGCCAUCAAUGGCAGCCUCUGUGGCAUCAUGUCCUUCAUCUCCAUCACACCAUGUGUGCGGCUCAGGCAGCCGCAGUCAGGGCUGCUGCAGUCCUCAAUCAUCAGCUGCUAUGUGAUGUACCUCACCUUCUCUGCACUGUCCAGCCGCCCUCCAGAGAGAGUGCUCUACAAGGGGCAGAACCUCACUGUCUGCUUCCCGGGGGUCCGGCAGGAUGAGCUGCAGACAGAGGACACCACCGUCGCGGUGCUGGGCGCUGCUAUCAUGUACGCCUGCGUGCUCUUUGCAUGCAACGAAGCCUCGUACCUUGCUGAGGUCUUUGGGCCCCUGUGGAUGGUCAAAGUCUACAGCUUUGAGUUUAAAAAACCUUCCUGUUGCUUCUGCUGCCCUGAGACGAUGGAGGAGGAGCUGAGAGGAACAGACCAGGCAUGUGAACGAGUAGAGGAGAGUGCCAGGGGACAGUUCAUCAUCCAGGAUGAGCAGGACCGGGUGGUCUACAGCUACUCAGCUUUCCACUUUGUCUUCUUCCUUGCCUCGCUCUAUGUUAUGAUGACACUCACCAACUGGUUCAGCUAUGAGAAUGCAGUGCUGGAGACCACCUUCACACAUGGCAGCUGGUCAACCUUCUGGGUGAAGGUGUCCUCGUGCUGGGCUUGUGUCCUGCUCUACCUGUGGCUGCUGCUGAGCCCCUUCUGUCUCCAUGGCUCCCCACAGCACCGGCACAGCAGUACAGGGCCACGCAUCGUGCGGCGCCGACGUGCUCCACAGCGCAUCACCGUCUCCACAUAGUCCCUGCCAGGACAAACCGCCAAGGGCUGGUCCCUGCCGUGCCCUGUGCCUGUGCUCUGGCCCCUCCUCACCCCCUGUCCCAGAAGAAAGCAGCAUCUGAAGGGCUGAGGGGUACAUGGGAGGUGGAUGCUCCCAGGGAUAGUGGUCCUGUGCUGAGCCAGAGCCACCCAAAG